AUGCUGCUGAACACUUGCGACGAAUGGAGUGGCCAAGACCAAAUUUCGGCUGUGGUGACGGACAAUGCACCAAAUAUGGUGAAAGCUGUAGAGCUAGCCUUUGAACAAUGCAAACCACUACGCGAGUUAAUAAGCAAAGUCAAAGAUGUUGUGACGUGGUUUAAACAGAGCAACAUAGCAAGCAACGAACUCCGUAAAUCAACCUCAGACGAAACUAAAUUAAUUCAACAGGUGCCUACUAGAUGGAAUAGCACAUAUUAUAUGAUUGAGCGAUUCAUCGAACUUCGUGAGAUUGUUAACAAUAUAAUCAUCAGACACAAAAAUGCACCAGCUAUGCUGCAUGCGUCAGAACUUGCACAUCUAAGUUCAGUUCUACAGGUACUACGUCCAAUAGAAGCUGCUACGAAGGAGGUCUCAGGUGAUAAGUAUUGCACUAGCAGCAAAGUAAUACCACUUAUUCAUUGCCUCGUUUUAAAAAUUAAGCCUCUGAGCUUCGACGACUCGAUUGCCAAAGAGCUACAGUCUCUGGUUCUUAAGGAGAUUCAGAAGAGAAUGGGUGUCAUCGAAAACGUAACUCCCCUCGCUAUAGCCACGGUAUUGGACCCCAGAUUCAAGAAAAUGCAUUUUACGGAUCCGCUUGCAUGCUCUGCUGCUGUAGGAAAAAUAAAAGAUCUCAUGAAAGCCGCAGCCCACAACACGACCAAAGAUUCGGAGUCAUCGGAACUUUCUGAUAAAAAUGAGGAUAACUAUUCAUUGUGGGAGGACCACCACAAGCUAGUCCAUAAAAGUUGGAAAUUGUCAAAGGCCGAUGACACUAUUUCUGAUGAGCUGGCCAUAUAUCUACGUUGCCCAGUGGGUAGACUCACUGAAAACCCAUUGGAAAUUUGGAAGGACUUGGAGAUACAGCUCCCACAAUUGAAGCCAAUCGCAUAUAAAUAUCUGACCAUGGUGGGAACAUAUGUCACCCGAAACAAUUACAAAUAUUGGGCUUAUUCGAGCUUGGCAAUACUGCGCAAUAUUGCGCAAACAUCAUAUUCGUUGUAA